AUGGAUCUAACUCUAGUUACCACUCUGAAGGCGACAUGUGUCCUUAAUUCGACAGUUGACAAUGUGGCUAAUCUUGAUCAGAACACUGCAAGUGCAGAAACUGUUGACAGUUCCUACUUCAUGCAGAUUCAGAAGAACAAAGGAAUUCUAGGAAUCGACCAAGAGAUAGAUUUGGAUACUCCAACUAAUGUUACAGUAGCAGCACUGGCGAAUAAUAAUAAUCUGUACCUCUCACAAUUUGGUGCUGCCAUGGUCAAGAUGGGAGCCGUGAAUGUCCUUUUAGAACCGCAGGGACAGAUUUGGCUAUCAUGUCGAUCCAUUAAUUAA